AUGAACUCAUCACACCACGACAUGAUUUUGUUCGCCAGUUGGGUGAAAUAUCAGCAUUAUGUCCAAACCAGCAACCCUAACGCACCACGUAUAUUGUCCCCGCAGGAAAUUGCCCUCGCAGGCGAACUAGCCAACAAUUUUAACUUUACAAAUGUUUUCCGUCAACGUCUCGAACUCGGACGUAGUUUUUACACUACGGUCAAGCAAAACUUGAUGGCCAUUCUUCAAAUCUGGGAUGCUGUCAUUGACGAAAAAGCUGUGUUCGACAGCUCGGGUAUUUGCAGCUCGAAUCCAGAUAUCCAAAAAGCGUUUAUUUUCUGUACAGACACGAUUCCCAGCCGGAUAAAUAUCGGAUCUUUGGGACCACAGACGUUUAUAGUCCCGCGGCUUAAGACAUGCGCCGCAAGCUUGGAACCGUCCUACGCGCACGGCCAUACUUUCGCAAAUGCAACGGAGCUGCAGACGCAGGCUGUGCAGCCUAGCAAUGAACUAUACGCAGAGGCUCUCGCCUUGUCGGAGUUCGAAAACACCAAUAUUGGCGGAUUUGAAAACAACGAAAAGGAAAAGGAACUCGACAGCGAGGACAGCGAGGAGGAGGAGGAUUGGGAAGAGGAAAAUGAAUAUACAGAUGACGACGAAUACGAUAACGACGAUGACGGGAGUGAUGGUGAUUACGAAGAGAUAGACGAGAAAGGAGAUAUGUCCCGGGUAUAUGGCCAGUCCCAGAAAUCUACCGAAGGCUGGGGGGACUCUUUUUCGGAACUGAUCAAACUGGACAUGAAUUUGGUAAACAACACCCAGGAGCUCGACGGGGGAGCGGAACCGCUUCGGAAGAUCCUAACCCCUGUCGCCUCUAGGAAGUCCGCGAAACGUGGGUUUGCAGGUAUCGAAGGAGGUGAGAAUGGGACACAAAGCAAGAAGUCAAGGAAGCAACAGAAGUAA